AUGGAGGUCGCCGCAGCAGCGAGCUACGGCUUGAAGGCCGCCGACGACGUUGACAACCUCAGGGCGACGGAGCUCAGGCUCGGCCUGCCAGGCACGGAGGAGGAGGAGGAGGAGGAGCCCCAGCAGAAGGCGGCGCUGCCGCUGCUGCCGCCGGCCCCGACGCCGCCGCCGUCCACGCCGAGGGGCAAGAAGCGCGACGUCGUCGGCAGCGGGCCCGACGACGCGCCCAAUAAGCGCGACAGCAACGCCGACGCCGCGCCGCCGGCCGCCAAGGCUCAGGUGGUGGGAUGGCCUCCGGUGAGGUCGUACAGGAAGAGCUGCUUCCAGCAGCAGGCGGCGGUCAAGAGCAAACCUGCGGCGGCGCCGGCGGAGGAGGCCCCGGCCGCGGCUGGCGGGCUGUUCGUGAAGGUGAGCAUGGACGGUGCCCCCUACCUCAGGAAGGUGGACCUCAAGAUGUACAAGGGCUACCGCGAGCUCCGGGAGGCGCUGGAGGCCAUGUUCCUCUGCUUCUCCGGUGGCGCCGACGCGCCCGCCGUCAACCCCUCUGACUUCGCCGUCACCUACGAGGACAAGGACGGCGACCUCAUGCUCGUCGGCGACGUGCCCUUCGACAUGUUCAUCAGCACCUGCAAGAGGCUGAGGAUCAUGAAGGGAUCUGAAGCGAGAGGGCUCGGGUCGGUGUUAUUAGCAACACAAAAGGAGUGGAGAGUCGAGUUGAAUCUCCAUCCGGUGUACCUCCUCUACAAUGGAGGUAGCGCCACUAGGAUCUUGAAGGCGAAUCAAGCCGUGGGCAUCCCUGGCGACCAGGAAGGUGUCCGUGAUGUCCUCCACGGCUUGAUGAGGACAUUCACGCGACAACAGCAACUCAAUCUCACCGAUGAGCAGUGGGAGGACAUCCUUCUUGAGCCUGAGGUUCCUAAACUCGUGGCCCUAGCACGAGAGGCCUGUCGAGAUGGCUCCAUCGCCCACGCCAUGCUUGAGCUUUGGGUCGACGAACAGUUGAAGUUCAUCGUGUCUGAGGCGCUCUUGACGCUCUGCGCGGAGGCGGCACCAGUGGGGUGUCAAGAUUGCAACAUCUGCCUAGAGGAUGAAACAUCUAAUCUUGUGGCUGGCCAUGCCAUGGAAAUGCCUGGCUGCGGCCACGCAUUCCACCGCAAGUGCAUCACGAAGUGGUUCAGCUGGAGAUCCACCUGCCCAAUGUGCCGACGAGAUUUGUCUAUGUAUCUUGACCCGAUAGUGUAG